CAACAAAUUUGACUCCAAAACAAAACAUCCCUACAACUGCGUUCGUUAUAGACAAACAAGUGAGAUUACUUUACUGAUCUUCUCUUCCAAAUCAUUACUGGGGUGGACAUGGAAAAAAUACAGCAGCAGCCCUGGUGGAAGAAGUUAAGGUGGUCGUACAGGAACGCGACAAUUUUGGUCUCUUCGCUCAACCUCAUCGCCGCCCUUUUCCUGCUUCAAAAUUUCUUCUUUUCUGCUUCCCCUUCCACCAAAUCUACGUCAGUUGAAAGGUAUAUUAAGGAAUCUGAAGAGAUUCGUCUCGCAAUGUUGCCUGUGGAUCUAAUUAAAAGAGUGAAGGAAAUUGAAAAUGAAGCAUACAUUGAAGCAGAAUCAGCUGAACAUAAGGAUGCAAAGCAAGGUGCUGCAGUAAACCUGGUAUCUAGGAUAAACAACUUCCGUUCAUAUUCUGAUGCUAGCGGCAUAAAAGCUCUUGAAGAGUGGCGUAAACGGAAGAUGGAGCGGGCCAAGAAACGGGAACUUGGGAAGAAUGGAACGAGCAUCUGACCGUGUUCCCAUGCCCUGGUGUGCAAAACAUGAAGUCGAGUAUCAAGAAACGAAAUGCUUUAGUACUUGAUUAAACCUUUUACUGUACUAUAUUUCAAGUGUGGGAUACUCAAACUAUGAAACUAAGUCAAAAUUAUUAUUACUUCGUGAUUGCGCUUAAACGGCAGUUUGGGUUAGGUUAGAUAUUGUUCUGUUCACCUUGUUUUUGUUUACUACUUAGCAUUAAUUCUGGUUAGAACAGAACAUUCAAAUGAUACCUUAUUAAACUCAAAGAUUCAUCA